AUGCACCUGCGAAUGCGGGCCGCCCUUUGUGGCGCAAUUUUGAUGACAUUUAUGGCAAGUCUUACAGUCUACUGCUUGGACAAUUGUAUCGACGAAGAGGGUGACAAGUGCCAAGAAAGCAAGUUGAUGGCGGUCUGCGGUAAGCCCGAAUACAAGCGUCUGAUGACCAGUAAGUGCCGAAAAGCGUGCGGGUUCUGUCAGCCGGGCACCUGCACCGACACUACAACGGAAUGCGGAAAGCCUUCGAUCUCGGACAUCUGCAAUCAUCCAACCUAUCUCCGAAUGAUGAGGAUGCGAUGCCCGGCGACUUGUGGACAUUGCGAUGGAGAUGAGAAGCCGAACGGUGGCGGUAAUCCGGAUGACAACAAACCGGACGACAAUAAGCCUGACGACAACAAGCCGGAUGAUGGCGAUGAUGAGUGCAUUGAAGGGGCGGAAUAG